GAAAAUGUGUCACACCUUUCCCAGAGAGCCCAGCCCCACUGCCAGGAAAGGGCCUGACUGCUCCCCAGCCGAUCUCAUAGGAACACCCCAGACCUCCAGCAGCUCCGGGAGUCCAAACACCAGCAGUGGACUAAGGCCCUACAGCUGCCUGCAGCCAUGUUGGCCUUCAGCCUGCUCAUACUGGGUCUGCUCUCCGCAGUGGCACCUGCCAACUGUCAGCAAGGUCUGGGGAACCUUCAGCCCUGGAUGCAGGGCCUUAUUGCUGUGGCUGUGUUCCUGGUCCUGGUUGCAAUCGCCUUCGCUGUCAACCACUUCUGGUGCCAGGAAGAACCGGAGCCUGGUAACAUGGUCAUGAUUGUUGGAAGCAAGGCAGACGGGGUCCUGGUGGGAAUGGACGGCAGAUACUCCUCAACGGCGUCUGGUUUUAGGUCCAGUGAGCACAAGAAUGCCUUCGAGAACGUUCUGGAGGAAGAGGGCAGGGUCCGCAGCACACCCAUGUGACAAGCUCCUCUACGGCCCCAGUCCCCAGGCUAUGGGGCACAUAGAGUGGAUGCCACCACUUCACCCAUCACUGCUCUGCAGGGAUCUAUUGAACAAGCUGCCCCUCUCGGCUCUCUUGAGUCACAGCCAAGCUGAGCACAGGAUGGACUGUGGCCCUGGGGUCUUCCACCCAAUUCUGAGGAGCCCUCACCUUUCAUCUCCCUCCUCCUGCAACUAUGGAAGUGGCCCUGAUUUCUAUGAAAUAAAGACUUUUUAUACUUCUGGGGCAAAGACUCAGACCCAGCUUCCAGGCUCCAA